GAGAAGUAGCUUCAAUAGCAGUAAAUGUCAGGCUAGAAUAAUAUAUAAUAUAUAUUUUUGGUACAAAAAUGUCAGAAGAGCCCGCUGUUCCCAUUAAGACGGCACUGCCUUGCGGUACCCCACUCAGACCGGCACCCAUUUACAAGAAGCUGAUGGUGGAGAACCUAACAGUUGUCCGGCCGCCAAUUCUAAAGAUCUACUAUUGGGAGAGCUUUGACAUAACAGGAUUGAACAAGAAGUUGCGCUCGAAUCGUGCCGAACAUGAACACACCAUCGUGAUUCCCAUUCGCCAGAUUCAUAGUCAACCUCUGAAGAUCAUAUUCUGGGUAAAGAAUCUCGCGUCCACAGACACCAAGCUGACCCUGAAGCGAAUCCAGAAUUGCCAAUGUCAGCCACUAAGGACACAAGUUGGCUUCAAUCAGUAUCGCCAGCUCUUCAACUGCCCACACCGUAGGUUGCUCCAUAUUAACCAGGAACUUCUGGUCAUCAAGCCCGAUGAAGUGGUGGCCCUCACUGCCACGGCAUACUUCUUUCUAUAUGGCGAUCAUCUACUCACCUAUGAAGUUAACACCGAUGACAAGCGCAAGUUCCUUUGGCAUUUUCAUCUGGAGAUCUCUGACUUUCAUCCCGAAAAGUGCUUGCUCACCAAGGAGCUGCUGCCUGUGAACAUAAAGAAUUUCUCACAUGUCACCCAACCCAUUUGGGUGCAGAAUAUCACAAUGUCCCAUCUUUCCUUUUCGUUUUCAUCGCGUGAUCGUGGCCUGAAGUUGCUCAAUAUGAAUCUCACAGUUCCAAGACAGAGUGUGUGGCCACUGCUAGUGGACUAUCGCCCACUGGAUUACGAGAAUGAGGCUGAGGUCUUUCUGACCUACAACAGUACCAAGGCUCGCUACAAAAUCAAAGCUCGAGGAGUGCUGGCUGACAGCAAUGAGGAAACGGAAAUGCCCCUGAGGGAUCGCGAGUGCACCGACUUUCUAAAUGUCAUAUAUCCCAACCGAGUCAAUGUUGAGGCCUGCCCGGAAGAGCGGACGCAGCUCGUCAAUGUCCAUAAUUAUGGACAAAAAUGCCUCGAAUUUCGCUGGCAAAGCUACAUCAUUAACGAGUUCUUUUCGGUGGUCUUUAAUCCGCCCAUCUUCCGGCUCAAGAGCCAUCACUCGAAGCUUUGCGUGAUCUCGGUGACAGUGCUCGAGCGUCUGGUGCACUUCCGGCGCAUACCCAUUGUCCUGGAGGUGCACCGCAUCCUUGAUCGCGCCACCCAGAUUGCCAAAGGAGAGCUGGCCGAGAUUGAGUCCAUCGAUGAUCCCAAGUGGAAAGAGGACAGCUACUUGGAGCACCUCUAUCUCCAGCUAAAUAUCCGCACCAGCUUGAAGCCGACUUUGGAUACAUUCGAGGAUAUGGAGCCUGGUGAAAAGAUCGAUCCCACAGCAGGUCUCCCACCUUGUGCUCAGUUUGGCUCAGGAGUAGGAGCUGCUGAAAGGGCAGAAGAUUCGAUCACGGAACCACCAAAACCGGUGCCACCGAAUGAACAGCAGCGGUUGGAGACGGAACGCAAGGAUCUUAUUCGUCGACUUAUGUCCAAGAAUCGACUCUGCUCCAAUGAGAUCAUAGACUUGAGCAUGGCCAUUGAUCAGCGUAUUACCAUUUUCGAGAAACUCUUCUGGAAGUACCUCAGCAAGUCCAAGUUCAUGCGGAUCAAUCAGGAGCGAAAGCGGCAAAAGACAAUGAAGACCUACGAGCAGGUGGUAUGUCCUGAUGAAGAUUUUCCAGUGGAACCCGUCACCGAACUCGAUAGCAACAACAUUAUGGAUAUCCUAUCACGCCUGAUGCAGGAGGCCAUCAACGAUUUGGCCAAGAACUGGAUCUUCAUUCCCUCGCAGUAUUACGAGCCCGCCAAUUAAAUGUUCCCCCAGAGUUAACCAAAUACAUUGCACCACCCAAAGA